CUCGACAGCGCACACCCGAGCACGCGACGAGGCACACUGCACGACUCCCUGCGGCCACUGCAACUCCAUUAUUUUGUCUUGUCGGGCGCAAGAAUAGGAGAGCGCGCCUCGGCCCUCGUAUCGCACGCGGCCGCCACUCGAGCUUGGGAGGGUCAUUGCGCUCGCCCCACUACCUCGCUGCCACUGCCUUCACCUCCCCCGUCUCCUGGCGCUCACACUUUACGGCGAACAGCACAGACCGCCCAACAUGGAAAACAACCAGCAAGAUGUCGACCAGACCAAGUAUAUCGACAAUGCCAUUCGCGCCGUGCGAGAGAAGAAGCCCCUGCCGGAGAUUGACUUUACCCUGCAUACCAUGGAGGAUGGCACGCAAGUGAGCACGCAAGAGCGUGUCUGCAAAGAUGUCCAAGCACCCGCCUUCCACCCGCCUAGCGACGACCAAUUCUUCUCACCGCAAGAUCGCACCAAGCCGAACAUCCAGUUCCUGAAGCAGCACUUCUACCGCGAGGGUCGCUUGACCGAGCAGCAGGCGCUAUGGAUCAUCAAGAAGGGCACGGAAAUCCUAAAGUCGGAGCCCAACAUGCUGGAAAUGGACGCUCCCAUCACCGUGUGUGGCGACGUCCACGGCCAGUACUACGACCUGAUGAAGCUUUUUGAAGUCGGAGGCGACCCGGCCGACACACGCUACUUGUUCUUGGGCGAUUAUGUCGACCGCGGCUACUUCAGUAUAGAGUGUGUGCUGUACCUGUGGUCCCUCAAGAUCUGGUACCCCAAUACGCUUUGGCUGCUUCGAGGAAACCACGAGUGCCGCCACUUGACCGACUACUUCACCUUUAAGCUCGAAUGCAAGCACAAAUACUCCGAGGCCGUGUACGAGGCCUGCAUGGACUCUUUCUGCGCAUUACCCUUGGCAGCCGUUAUGAACAAGCAGUUUUUGUGCAUACACGGCGGACUGAGCCCUGAGCUCCACACUCUGGACGAUCUGAAGACGAUUGACCGUUUCCGGGAGCCGCCCACCCACGGCCUCAUGUGCGACAUUCUCUGGGCCGACCCGCUCGAGGAGUUUGGCCAGGAGAAGACGAACGAUUUCUUCGUUCACAACCACGUCCGCGGAUGCUCGUACUUCUUUUCCUACCCUGCCGCCUGUGCUUUCCUCGAAAAGAACAACCUCUUGUCCAUCAUCCGCGCACACGAGGCCCAGGAUGCCGGUUACCGAAUGUACAGGAAGACACGGACGACUGGUUUCCCCAGUGUCAUGACGAUUUUCAGCGCGCCCAACUAUCUGGAUGUGUACAACAACAAGGCAGCUGUGCUCAAGUACGAAAACAAUGUCAUGAACAUUCGGCAAUUCAACUGCACACCCCAUCCGUACUGGCUGCCCAACUUUAUGGAUGUCUUCACGUGGUCGUUGCCGUUCGUGGGAGAGAAGAUCACGGACAUGCUCAUUGCCAUCCUGAACACAUGCUCAAAGGAGGAGCUCGAGGAGGAAACACCCAGCUCGUUGGCUUCUGGGCCAUCGUCGCCGCCUCUUUCCAGUCUGGACCCAGAAUCAACCGAGUUCAAGCGCCGCGCCAUCAAGAACAAGAUUCUGGCCAUUGGUCGUCUCUCGCGUGUAUUCCAAGUGUUGCGUGAGGAGUCUGAGCGCGUUACCGAGCUCAAGACUGCAUCAGGCGGCCGUCUCCCUGCCGGCACACUGAUGCUCGGUGCAGAAGGAAUCAAGCAGGCAAUCCACAGCUUCGAGGACGCGCGCAAGGUCGAUCUGCAGAACGAGAGACUGCCGCCAAGCCAAGAAGAAGUACGAAAAUCUCAAGAGGUCAGCCGGGAGCAGGCUCUCGAGAAGGCGACCAAGGAGGCAGACAACGACCAGGGUCUGGCUACGGUGGCCAGGCGCAUCAGCAUGUCCUCUGGAUCGGGGCGCAGCCGGAAGAGUUAGGCGCGAUUCCGGCGAUCGCUAUCCGAGAGUGAGGUGAGGUGCGUGUUAUGACAUGACGGCGUGUUAGGAUGUUGGUUUGUGUGUUGGCGGGCCAUCCAAUGUCAUCAGUAUACCAGACAAGGCGUAUGUGGACACACGAGCGUAACCUAGAGGGUACUGCCUUGCGAUGUGGGUAAUUAUUUGCUGGCGACGUGCUCAAGCCUGUGUGAGCCAGUUUCUCAUUGAAUAUGAUCAAAUCGGUGCCUACUGC